UAAACAGGGAUAAUUAAACAGUGAAAGGCUGGAAGCUAGAGAAACGUUUGAUCAAGAAAAAGAGAGCAGGAUCACUAUAAUAAAUGAAGAGGACGUCUUGAAAAGUGGAAAUGAAAGAAGAAGAGUCAACGAAUGAACAGUUCGAUGGGACGACGGGGAUUUAACCACAAGAACACAAUCGGGGUUUAUAACUGAAUAGCAGGACAAGCAGAGGGAAAACAAGUGAAGAGCUCUGACUGAAAUGGUCGAAUUUACAGAAGAGGAUCUGGUCUUUUACCUACUGAAUCAGGUGGAUCUGCGUCGUCGGCAAGUUUCAAAGACUGAAGAAGAAGUUUAUGCCAUAGUUCAAGAACUGACUUCCGCGAUCAGUGCAGAGGAUAGCCGCUUUCAGCCCAUUUCUCAUUCCGGAAUUAACAAUGAGAACAUUAAGGUUCAAUCACCAACACAGUUUUUCAUUAUGGUUCCACUCCGAGGUCUAUCAGCUUACACAGAACGGAAAGUUCGUCAGUGGCGCUAUUAUACCUUGACUGGUUCCAAACUCAUCUCACCAGUUCAGGAGCCUGAGAAGUUGCAUCAAUGGUUGGAGGUGGACCAGUUCCUUAAGUCUACUCAGGAAUGGCACCAGUCUGAUGUGACUAUUGAAGGGGAUAUUGUUCCUUCUAAAGUUGUUGCAAUGUUUAAAGCUCUGCUUGAGAAACCACUCCAAGCCUCUAACUUUCAUGGAAAGAUCAAUGUUUUGGAAAAUGUUGGACCUACCAUACGACUUGCCGUGAAAACAACAGAACAACAUGUUGAGGUGGAAAUUGUACCAGCCAUUGAAAUUGCGAACCAUUGGCCAAAAAAAGCACGUUGGCCACGGUUUCUGAAAAGAUGGCCAUCAAAAGAAAAGGCUCGAACUGUCAAGUCCUUUGGAUUUAAUUUAUUGGCAAGAUCAAAUUACCACUGGCAGCUUUCAUUCACACGUGCCGAACGAGAACUAUUAGAGGAUAUGGAUGAAGAUGGAGGCUGCCGCCUGAAGUGUUUACAGGUCAUCAGAAAGCUGAAAGAAGACUAUUGGUGUCCUGGAAAUAAACCAGUCAUUACAUCCUAUCACCUACAGACACUUCUGUUUUGGACCUGUGAGAAAUAUCCACGCUCUAAAGAUUGGAAAAAUUUCCAAAAAAGCUUUCUGCGGUUGGUAAAGAAACUUCAGAAAUGUGUACUACAAAGAUACCUUCGACAUUACUUUGUGAAGAGCUUUAACCUGCUUAAAUAUGCUAACACAAAUGAACUGGAUAUUACAUCUCAGAAAAUUAAUGAUUUCUUAAUAAAUCCUGGUGUGUACUUCCACUAAAAUCCACAGACACCUUAAAUAAACUGCGAGCUCCAAUGUGCCAAAACUUACUAACUUUUCAAGACUCCCCAUGUUUUACCUGAAUGAAAAUUGAGUUAUGAGCUAAUAUUAAUACUGUGGAAAGAACAUGAGUGGGAAUAACUAUAAACAAAUAUCAUGCAAAUAUUUGUACCAGAUUUCUUUCUGAUACUUGAAGUGGUAGUCUCCACUAAAAUUUGGGAGAAAUGAAUUUAAAAGGACCAUGUUCUGAAUUCAUAGAAUAAAAUUGCUAAUAGUGCUUCUACCCCAUAAUGUGCUUAAAGGAUUAAGUACCUUACGAUUU